UCAAUGUUUGUUUAGCUUUGUUGAACACGCCUGGGAUAUGACCUGGCAUCUACAUCAUUCUUCUCUUUCUUCUUAUUUAAUGUUGUAUCAGAGGGCGACAGAACGGGUCUCACAGCCCGGUUAAAAUACCAGACAUCAGUUCUGUAAGAUCUGAAGACCAUCAUCAAGCCCAUAAAACUUUCUACAUUUAACAUGACAUCGAUCCUGUUAAAUUCAGUUCAACCAACUAACAAAUCUAUGCAGGAAAACAUAAAGUUCAAAUAAUCUAAAUGUCUGUGAUGAUUUCAGCAUCCGGUCUUAUUGGGUGUCCUCCUGUCAUCAGCUAGAGGGAAUCUGAUUAACCUGGAAUAAAGUUCAUCUCUCCUCAUUUAUCUUUCUGAUGUUUUCAGAGAAAUUACAAAAACUCUAAAAUAUCUCAACGUUCAAAGGUAUCAGUCAGGAAAAAGGACAGAAACGGGUCCGAUAGUCUGACAGCAUCAGUGGAGGAGCUGCAGAGUUUCUGGUCAGUCGGGUUUUAAACAGGACACAAAUCUCCUGUUCUGAAUGAAAGGCAGACCCCUAGCCCAAAGAAAACACCCAAUUUGUAAUAAAACCUUCUAAAACAUGGUGUAGAAACUGUUCUAAACUCAUAAAACCAAAGUAGAACCUUUGGGCCACACUUCCAGAAAAUACGUUUGACACCUAAAGGUACUGAAGGAAAAUAAUACAAUUUCCAUAGUGAAACACGGUGGUGGCAGCAUCCUCAUCUGGGGUUAUUUUCUUCAGAUGGACCAGGACUUCUGUCCAGGUGGAUGGAGCCAUAGACGGUACCAAACAGCACUCGGUCUUGACCCGAUCCUUCGGGGUUUCUGCUAGAAAGCUGAAGAUGUUAUAUAGUAAAUAAAAUGUAUUUGUAUACGACGUUUUUACAGACAGGAUGUCACAAAGUGUUUCACAACAGAAUAAUCUCAUCCAUCUCAGCAAAACAGUGAGCCCAACUUUAUGAGUGGAAACUGAAAGUUCUGGAAUGGCUGGGCCAGAGUCCAAAACAUAAAUCCGCGUGAGGAUCUGAAGAGGGUUGUGGACAUUGUCCUGUUUAAAGGUUGUCCUCUAAUAUGAGAGAUGUGGAGCGGUUUACUGGCAGAGUGGGUAGAUAUGACCGAGUAACAAACGAGACUGAAACCUGAAAUGAAACAGCUUCAGCAAAGUCUGUUGAAGGAUGGAAACCAUGGAAACCAGGACAAAAAGAUGAAAUAUUAACCGAGGGAUGGACCCAUCAGAACCUCUAAGCCAACACAAGAUAAAUAUGAACACAAUUCUGCCUCCUCCCCUUCUCCCUGCAGAACUUCCACAGAAACAGCAGCUCUGGAACCAGGAGAGGAUCUGCUGUCUGGCCCAGAAAGAUCCAGAACCGUCCCGGGCCAAAGAGAAACACGAAAUUGAGCAAACCAAAGAGGAACAGAAGGAACCAGAACUUCUGCUUAUCAAAGAAGAACCGGAGGAACCAGAACUAAUGCUUGUCAUAGAAGAACCAGAUGAACCAGAACCUCAGCAGAUCAAACAAGAACCAGGGGAACCAGAACCUCAGCAGAUCAAACAAGAACCAGAGGAAUGCAGUAUCAGUCAGGAGCAGCUGGUGCUGAAGCAGGAGACAGAGACCUUAAUGGUGUUCCGAUCCAAGUCCCGGUUCACUGAAAUAUUUGGAGGUUCUGGAGAUAUCAUCAUCCAGUUUGAGGAAGAGGUCGAUGGUCAUCGCAGACUGCUGGAGAUCAACUGGACUCCAGUAAUAAAGUUACACAGACUUGAACUCCCACAGCUGCUAGUUUAUAAGGACAAGGAGGUUCUGACUGGCCAGCAACUCUGCAACCAAGAAGAUCCAGAACCUCCACAGAUCAAAGAGGAGCUAAGGGAGGAUACUGAUGCAGUUUUGGUGACUGUUGCUUAUGAUGACACCGACCUUGGUGAACCAGAACCAGACACUGAUCCUUCUGAUGAUGAGAUUCAGGAUCGGGUAGGAAGAAAAGACUCAGCUGGAGCUCAAAGUUCAGAGCUGAGGUUAAAGAAGCAUUACCAGAGAGACCGAGGCGACCCCGUGACUGUGCCACAGAGUUGGUGUGAUCAUGAUGGCUUUGGUGAAACAUCAGAAAAAACCUGUAGGUCCUUAUUGAUUAGUCCGUGGAGGAAUACAACAUUUUCAAAACCCUCCACAGAUGGUAGCUGUGGACCAGAACUCUCUACUCCAUCUGCUACACGGAUCCUGAGCCACAUACAUGAGGACAGAUCCUGCCACAGCAACAGGUGGGGAGCAGAUAUGUUUUUGUAUGAAAUGACAGAUGACCAACAGAGUCACCGAGUUGAGAAGCCGUAUUCUUGCAGCCUCUGUGAUAAACGGUUUGGAUACAGCAGUCACCUGGUGUCCCACAUAAGAACUCAUACAGGUGAAAAGCCAUACUGCUGUGAGGACUGUGGGAAAUGUUUCAGCAGAAGGGAAACUUUGGUGCGGCAUGCAGCCAUGCAUACAGAGAUGAAGCCGUAUUCCUGUAAGCAGUGUGGAAAAUCGUUCAGUAGAACAGAAACCUUGAGGCAGCAUGUUAGAACUCAUACAGGAGAGAAGCCGUUUUCCUGCUCUGAAUGUGGCAAAUGUUUCAGUCUCCGAGGAAACUUAAUGACACACAAACGAACUCACACAGGUGAGAAGCUGCAUUCAUGCAGCACCUGUGGAAAACGAUUUGGGAACCGCAGUCAUUUAUUAUCCCACAUGAGAACUCACACAGGGGAAAAACCAUAUUCCUGCAAGUUGUGUGGGAAAAGCUUCAGCCAGUCAGGAAGUUUAAUGAAGCAUAAGAGAACCCAUACAGGUGAAAAGCCGUAUUCAUGUAAGGAGUGUGGGAAACGUUUCAGUGAAAGUGGAAUUUUGAGAAAACAUGAGAGAACUCAUAAAAGUCAAGGAGGAGUUUCAGUGAGAGGAGUUCCUUUAUGAAUCGCUUGAGGAGAAACCAUGUUCUUGUUAACCUGACACCAAGGCAAGUUUAUGUGUAGAACAUCUCAGCAACAAGACAGUUCAAAGUGCUUUAAAUGAAGAAAGAGAAGACAAGAUUCACAGCAGUGUCUUGUUGAAGGCAGGAAAAGAAAACCGGGACCACAGACUGAAAUUAAUUAUGUUUCAUAGUUUAAAUAGAAGAAUCAAAGGAACCCUGAACUAAUGGGUUCUAACCUGGACCUAAAAGAACUCAGUAAUUCAACAUCUCUCCAGUUUUCUGGAAGUUUGUUCCAGAUUAGUGGAGCAGAAGAACUGAAUGCUGCUUCUCCAUGUUUGGUUGUAUGAACCUUCCAGACCACUCAGGUCUUCUGGUUCCAGUCUACUAUGCAGAACCAGAAGCCUGAGUGGUCUGGAAGGUUCAUACAACAACAGUAGAUCUUUAAUGUAUUUUGGUGUUAAGCCAUUCACCUAAUAAACUAACAGAAGGAUUUUAAAGUCUCUUCUCUGAGGUCCAGGGAGCCAGUGGAAGGACUUUAGAACUGGGCUGAUGUUCUCUACCUUCUAGGUUCUAGUGAGGACCAGGCAGCAGUUUUCUGGAUCAGCUGCAGUUGUCUGAUGCAGUGAUCAGUUCCACUAAAGAUAAACGCAUGGAUGAGUUUCUCCAGAUCCUGCUGGACAUUAGACCUUUAAUCCUGGAGAUGUUCUUCAGGUGAUAGAAGGCUGAUUUAGUGGCUGUAUUUAUGUGGUUCUGGAGGUUCAGGUCUUGGGUCCAUGGGUCCUGGGUGAUGUGCCUCAGCCAACUGGGAGGAGCAAACAAAACAAGGACCGAAGUUACCAAUUCCUCCACUACUUCUCAAAGUUUAGACGGAGUAAAAGUCCUUCUACUAAACUUGCUGUGAAACUUUCUAGUAGAAUUUACAUUGGAGAUGCUUCUAAAUGAUGGCGGAUCUACAAAAGCUCUAAACUGAUGAAGAGUUGGCUAGUUUUAGAAUGAAGUUUCUUCUGAAACUUCUAGUUUGACUUGCUCUACAUGGCCAAUAGUCCUUAUUUGUCUCUGUUCACACCGCUAGCCCUGCGUGGUUCAUAGGAGGCGUGGCUUUCAGCUCCUUCGGGAGGGGAAAAGUUACGGACUACAGCUCUAAUCUAUAAUCAGUUUUAAAGAACGCUUCACGAUCUUCAUCAGCUGAUUUCUCAUCAGCUAAAAAACCAGGAAAUGAGCAGCAAUGAGCUGUAAGCAGCACCUUGACCCAAAUAAACUCUGUGACUGGUUCUAUCAAAAUAAACGGUAGUUGGUCCAAAGUCAGCUUCUGUUAUUCUGAUAAACAUGCAUUUUGUCAUUGUUGAAAGAGCGUUUGGAGGAAAAGGCUGUUAUUUUUAAUGUCAUUUUUUAACCUCAGGCUCUUCAUGGCGGUUAACUAGUUGGUUAGUUAACCCUUGUUUGUCAGUGUUGGUGUCCUAACAUGGAUGCAGAGCUGCAGUUCUGGACCUCUGAGAUUUCCAGUUUUUAUUUUGUCUUGUAAAUAAAUCCUUUAAAUAAAGUUUAAUAAAGUCUGAUCGAAACAA